AUGAGACGUCUCUCAAUCAGUAAAGCUUCUAGAACUACUCCUCCUACUUCAUCGCAAACUGCCUCUGAAAGAAGUGCAUCGCAUGGUGGUCACUCAAAUCUCUAUCCAUCACCAAACGGUAGGAGCCCUGUUCUUCCUAGCCCCUUACGCCGAAGUGCUAGUUCUGCGAGUUUCGACCAACGUCGCUCAUCCACCUCCAAUCUCUCUCGAAAGCCAUCUUUAAAUUCCCUCAGCGGUGGAGGACCAGCUACAGAUAAAAAUACACUCAGCAGAAGAUCGUCUACACAAUUUGCACAUAGAUCGCCAUCUGUCAUGCGUAGCAGAUCACCCCUCUCCGAAAGGGAGGAAGAUAUGCGUGAAACUUCUCCACGACACACUGCAGCAUCUAUCGCAAGUUCGCAUUUCAAGUCGGAAUUGGAUUUACAAGAUAUGAAUGAUGGUUCGAGAUCUGCAGAGACUAUUGUUAUACUUCACGACUCGGUCUACGGACAUCGUUACUCCCGACCCAAAACUUCAAGAACUGGCCUGAGUGUAAUCGUCGAAAGACCUGAACGAAUUCAUGCUAGCAUACUGGGAUUAUCUGUAGCAUAUGUUCGCUUGGGCGAAAGACACUCCGAAGGUCGUUAUCCUCUUCGUCCUGGAAUGGAGGCUACCGAAGUACCUAGCACGCCGUUUCGCAUACGCAAAACUACUCGACUUAUGCCUCUAUCUUCUCAAGCGGUCACAAAUGUACAUGGAGUUAAAUGGAUGGAAGAGUUGAAGAUUAUGUGUGAUAAUGCAGAAGCAAAACUUGCCACGAACGGAAAAGAAUUGGCCAGACCUGAGAUGAACCGAGGUCAAAAUGAAGAACCUCCUUCAAAAUUUCACGAGGGUGAUCUUUAUUUGUGCUCAGAGUCCUUGAACGCCAUGGAGGGUGCUUUGGGUGCUGUAUGUGAAGGUGUUGACGCAGUUUUUGAGGGCUCUUCAACAGGAUUAGGACCACGCCGAACUUUUAUUGCGAUUAGGCCUCCGGGACAUCAUUGUUCAGCUACUUAUCCUUCUGGAUUCUGUUGGUUAAAUAAUGUCCAUGUUGGUAUUUCACAUGCUUCACUUAAUCAUGGUCUCACGCACGCUGCUAUUAUUGAUUUUGAUCUUCAUCACGGAGAUGGAUCUCAAGCAAUUGCUUGGGAACAUAACUCUCGCGCGAAUGGAUUGGCUAAGAAUGCAUUACCGUGGAAAAAGACAUCGAUUGGAUAUUUCAGUCUUCAUGAUAUUAACUCAUACCCAUGUGAGAUGGGCGAUGAGGAAAAGGUCAAGAAUGCUAGUCUCUGCAUUGAAAACGCACACGGUCAAAAUAUUUGGAAUGUUCACUUACAACCUUGGAAAAGUGAAGAAGAAUUCUGGGAACUUUAUGAAUCAAAAUAUUCAGUACUUCUCGAGAAGACCCGGAACUUUCUACGUACACAACAUGAUCGCUUGCAAACAUCUCCUAAUGGGCCCCCACCAAAGGCAGCCAUUUUCUUGUCGGCUGGUUUCGACGCUAGUGAGUGGGAAAGUUCUGGUAUGCAACGUCACAAAGUCAAUGUUCCAACGGAAUUUUAUGCUCGUCUGACACGAGAUGUUGUCAAACUUGCAGCCGAGGAAGGUACAGGGGUAGACGGGAGGAUCAUUAGUGUUCUUGAAGGUGGUUACAGCGAUCGUGCUUUGUGUACUGGGGUUUUGAGUCAUAUUAGUGGUUUAUCAGGAAGUGAUCCUGUAACUCAUGCGGAGAAGGCAUAUAACGGUCAAAAUUUUGAAGUGGGAGAGAAACUUGGUGUAGACGCAUUGAGCCCCGGACCUGCAACUCCUUAUGGAUUCAUGCCAUAUGACCCAUUAUGGUGGUCUUUAGGUCGAUUGGAGCAGCUUGAUGCAGCUAUGAAUAGUGCGCCACUCCCUGAGGAACCAAAAAUCCACAAACCAGCCGGACCUACAGGGAACUUUGCGUCUCCUACACAAUCUUUUAUCGCUAAAGUUGUCAACACCCCUACAGCACAACGCAGUGUAUCAACCAUGGGUAUGAGAAAUCUACCACCACCACGAGCUUCAGCUCCUAGGCCACCUACUCCACCGCCGCCUGAUGUUCAUUGGACCGUUGCGGCUCACGAAUUGAGCAAAUUGCUUAUUCCAACUGAUAGGCAGACGAAAAGUUGUCAAUGGGAAGAUCUCGCAGCUGAAGCUACUAGAGCAAGAAAGGAACGCCAAUCUAUAUUGGAACAAGACGAAGGCGGUCAACAACCUGCAAUUACAGAACCUACUAAUGCUAGAAUGUCUUUACGAACAAGAAAGCCAGCGCCGAAGUUGGUUGAGAGGAUUGAAAAGGAUGUAGUUAAAAAGCCUGCUGCAAAAUCAAAUCGUCGAAAGACCGUUGCCGGCUCGACUGCUUCGCCCGUGCACAAAGCUCCUGAAAUCUCAGGCACAACUCAAGCAUCUGAUGCGAAUCAUAGUCAGUCAACGCAACAGUCUGCUAGGCGACUUAGUUCUGUGUCAACUGCUGGGCCAAUUCUAUCUCAAUCUCAACAAGCCCCUGCUGCUAAUAGGGCGCCAUCAUUCUCUCAAAGGCCUGGUAGUGCAAUGAGUGCACGACCAGGAUCUGCCAUGGGAUCUCGUGCAAAUCCCGUUCCACCCGUGGUCGUGAAGAAAACAAGAGCGCCUGCCAAACCUCGAACUGAUACUUCGAAACCAGGUCCAGGUCGACCACGCAAGAAGUCUCUUUCAGUGACUGGCUCUGACACUAACGCGAAUAAUGUUAUUGAGGCCGGCCCAGCUGCGGAAAGCAGUAACCAUUCUUCUGACGUAGAUAUUUUAACUUCUGGUAUGAAGAAGAUCAAGAUUAGUCUCCUCACAAAAGCCCAGAAAGAAGCCAGGGAUGAAGAAAGGCUUAAGGUAAAGAUUGAGCGAAGUCAAGUAGCUGGUACAACAUCCUCAACUAUGUCAAAUGACAAAUCACCUACAAGCGUUGCGUCUGAGAUGACCUACAAUCAAUCCGGAACCUCUACGCCAAUGAAGAGCAUCUCACCAGGCCCUUCGACUCCUCAAUUAUGUCUUUCUUCAGAUGUUCCUCUCCAUAUGCAAGAGCCUGAACAGGUUUCUUUGCCAAGUAGCUCUCCUGUAGCUUCUACUGCGGAGCAAAAUGAAACCGGAAAAUUUUCAGAUCAUUCCUCGGAAUACAGCGCAGACAAAUUCAUCCCCUUCCAACCUCAAGGCCCUGUUCCGGAAGCAAUGACACAACAAGAACCACUUCGAUGGCUACCUCCGAAUACCAAUACGCCAGCUGCGGCGAAGAAAUAUGAUCUUCCAGUCUUCACAUCCACCUCUACUAUACCAUUUGGCCCCAGCUCUAAUGUCGUUGGCAAUCAAAACAAACCUUCAAGCUCACAGGUCAAACAAGAUUCUCCUUCCGAAUCUACACAAUUAGCCCCGUCGAUCUGGGACAUUCCAGUCACACCACGAAAUCAAUAG